AUGGAUGAUGAUGCUGAUAGUGAUGAUGAUAAUGAUGCGAUGCGAUCUCUCAUGUUACUCACCUCGACAGGCUCCGUCCAGCAGCGACAGCAGGAACACACGGAACACCGCGGCCGGCACAUUCACCGCUGGAGACGUGUUUUUCUUACUGGAGAGAAGCCUGGGAUGAGCCCGGGAUGUCAGGAGUAA